UAUAUCUGACAAAGAAGUUUGGCAAAGACCGCGAUAAAUAAUAACGAGCUACAACAUCGUCUCAUUGAUGAAAAGGAAUUUUUCUCUUUAAUGCUCUUUAAUAUUCAAUUAAGGGAAGCAUUUUUGAAAAAUAAUCGCGAUAAACAUGGCAGGUCAAAACGAAGAAGUGGUUCAGAAAAAUCAACGUUAACCGAUGACGAAGAGAUUUAUCCUGAGCUUAAAUCACGAUCAAAAGGAUCACGUCGAUUUGUUCCCGAAACUGCUGAAAAAGGAAGCGAAGCCACACGAAAUGAAUACUUUGCUCGUGAAUCUCCAUCGCGAAGUUAUGGACCAGAUAUUUGUAAGAACUGUGCUUCCAAUCAUCCAGAGAUGGCGAAACGAAAAUUUGAAAUGCCUAUGGUAAAAAGGUACUUGCCUAUGUAUCAGAGUCCAGGACUGAUCGAAGAAUUGAAAAGGCAUGAUCGAAUGAAAUUAAUUCAAGAAAGAGAAAUUAGAAAACGGAGAAGUGGAAGUUCUCAUCGAUCUUCAGAUGCGGAAGAUCGAAAUGUCGAUCGUUCUCCUGCACCUGAUUCAUCGUUUAAAUCGAAAGAAAAAGAUGGCAGACUUGCUUAUCAGGAGUCGCAAGCUUAUAAAAAUGUCUUACGCGAAUUUCAAACAAGGGUUGGACGUCAGGAAGUUCGUAAGAAACCUAGAAAUAGAAUACCGUUAAUAUGCUUGUCUGAAAAGGCAGACAAAAGUAAAGAGGUGGAGCAACUGUAUCCAUGUGAAAGACAAGCUCGACAAAAGCCGAAUGUGAUGAAGAAAUUUGCUCAUAAGAUGGUAGCACCAUUCAAGCCGCCUAAAUGUAAGAAACACAAAUGCAAGACGCACAGAGGAGACGUAAAGUUUGAAGAAAUGGAAAUUAUGUAUGAUUGCUUAUGUGACGCAGAAGUUUUAAGCGAGGCAUCUUCUACUUGUAGUUGCGUUAAAAAGACACAUAAAUCUGGUACUUUAACAUCCGCCGAUGAAACAAGUGAUAAUAACGAGUCAAUCCAAUAAAAGGGUAAAAAUAAUAUCUUCAAA